UUUCUCUGUAUGUAAACAGGUAAUGGAGUGGACACAAGGAAAGGAACGUAACAUUCGAGCAUUACUGUGUUCUCUACAUACUGUAUUAUGGGAGGAUGAAAAAAGAUGGAAACAAUGUGGUAUGCAUGAUCUUGUCACACCAGAUCAGGUGAAGAAAGUCUACAGAAAGGCUGUACUCUCUGUACAUCCUGAUAAGCUUUCCGAUUCACCACAUCUUCCAUUGGCUAGAGCUAUCUUUAUAGAAUUGAAUGAUGCCUGGGCCCAGUUUGAAGAGGAGGGCAUGAAAUCACUCUACUGAAUGUGUAUUCCCUAUAUCUUACACAGAUGCAAGGAACCAGUCUAUACAGAUGCAAGGAACCAGUCAUCUAACUUAAUAGUCACCUGACUUUAACUUGACAACAUUAUUCUGUUUUAUCUUAUGAGAAAAUAUUACUUUUAUUAAGAAAAUUUUUUUUUAAAAAGUUCAUAAAAAAUCAGUAUUAUAUUUAGGAUAAUUUUGAAACCAUCCAUUUGGACAAAAUCUUUAUCAUAAAUCUUGACAAUAAACAGAAAAAUAUAUCAUUAAAGUCUGCUGUAAUAAUUAAUAUUUGUCAAAAUACAUUAUUCUAGACAAAACAGUUUGAGUAUUUAAGAUUUUAAUGAUAUUUAUUUCAUGUGACAUUUACGACUGGUGUGAAACCACUGAACUCAAAAUUGCUGUAAUAAUGUUCUGAGCAUUUUAAGUUUAAAAGCAGUCAUAUUUGUGAUUUAGAACAUUGUUGGAUAGUGUUUCAAUUCACACAGAAUUUAAUUGUGUUUCAUAUUAACCGGGAGAUGCUUUGGUAGUU